ACCUCUGGUGAGGGGACCACACGCUGCAGCCAGUGAGACAGUGGCAUGUUCUGUUACAAUUCGAUCCAACUCCCUCAGAAGAGGGGGCAGGGAAGGCGGACAAAACUGGGAGAGGGAGAGAGUAUUAGGAAGAGAAGAGGGUGGCCAGACGUAGCAAAUAAAAUAUAAAAUGCUUAAUUUUGAAUCUCAGAUAAACCACCAAUAAUACUUUUUAGCAUAAGUAUGUCCCAAACUAAGCUUGGGACAUAUUUAUGCUAAGAAAUUCUUCGUUGUUUAUCUAAAAUUCAAACUAACUGGGCAUCCUGUUUUAAUCUGGCCACCCUAAAAGGCAAGGGCCAAAAAUGCCGGAGUCAAGCCAACGGAUUCCAGGAGGGAAGACUGCUGGACUUUGGACUGAUGCUCUUUUUACAUACUUAACUGUUUUUAAAAAGCCUCUUUUCUUUCUUUUUACCAGCUUUUCACUAGCUUUUUAAAAACUGGUAAAACAUACAUAACCUAAAAUUCACCGUCUAAACCAUUUUUAAGCAUGCAGUUCGGUGGGAUUAAGUAGAUUCACACUGUUGUGCCGCCAUCACCACCAUUCAUUUCCACCACUCUUCCAUCACCCCAGCCUGAAACUCGACCCAUUGAACACAAGCUGCCCGGCUCCGCCUUGCUUCCCCAUUCUUGGCAACCACUGCUCUGUCUCUAUGAAUUUUGACUAUUCUAGGCACCUCACAAAAGUGGACUCAUACGAUAUCUGUACUUCUGCGUCUGGCUUCUCUAGUUAAUUCUUAAAGGGGGGUGGGAACCAAGCAGAUCACAAGGGAGCUGCCCACAGAGGUAAAGACAAGGUGAGGUAUGCUGAGAGACGCAGGAAAGAAGGUCAAGGUGUAGGCUGGAGGGCAGGGGCGGGCCCUGGGCCUGGGCUGGGGGUCCUGCCCCGGGGCGCACCCAGGCCGAGGGAUGCCCGGAGGAGCCGAGGCUGGCGGACAGCUUGACCCCGAGCUUGAAGGGAAGGCAGCGAGGGGACAAAGGACGGAGGCCUAGGAAGAGGGUCUGCAGAGCAGAAAGCACGGGUAAGGGCGGCCUGGCGCUCGUAAGACAACAGAUGGAGCCGUGUGCACGUCGGGAGCUCGGAGUGCGCGUGAGCUCCGUGCUCAGGCCCACGACUCGGCCCGCUAGGCCAGCGCUCCGGGUCGACGGGGUCCGGGAGCCGCGCUUGGGGAGGGCGCAGCGCAGGGUGAACGGCGGCGUUAGGACCCGGGGGCGCGGGCGGGCUGCGGCCGGCGGGGCUAGGACCCAGCGGCUCCGGCGAAGCGGAAGCGGCGGCGGGAGCUUCCGGGAGGGUGGCGCGUAGGCACCAUGACUCCUGUGAGGACACAGCACUCCCUGGCAGGUCAGACCUAUGCCGUGCCCCUCAUCCAGCCCGACCUGCGGCGAGAGGAGGCCGUCCAGCAGAUGGCGGAUGCCCUGCAGCACCUGCAGAAGGUCUCCGGAGACAUCUUCAGCCGGAUCUCCCAGCGGGUAGAGCAGAGCCGGAGCCAGGUGCAGGCCAUUGGAGAGAAGGUCUCCUUGGCCCAGGCCAAGAUUGAGAAGAUCAAGGGCAGCAAGAAGGCCAUCAAGGUGUUCUCCAGUGCCAAGUACCCUGCUCCAGAGCGCCUGCAGGAAUAUGGCUCCAUCUUCACAGGCGCCCAGGACCCUGGCCCGCAGAGACGCCCCCGCCACAGGAUCCAGAGCAAGCACCGCCCCCUGGAUGAGCGAGCCCUGCAGGAGAAGCUGAAGUACUUUCCUGUGUGUGUGAGCGCCAAGCUGGAGCCUGAGGACGACACCGAAGAGGGACUUGGGGGUCUUCCCAGCAACAUCAGCUCUGUCAGCUCCUUGCUGCUCUUCAACACCACCGAGAACCUGUACAAGAAGUAUGUCUUCCUGGACCCCCUGGCUGGUGCUGUAACAAAGACCCAUGUGAUGCUGGGGGCGGAGACAGAGGAGAAGCUGUUUGAUGCCCCCUUGUCCAUCAGCAAGAGAGAGCAGCUGGAACAGCAGGUCCCAGAGAACUACUUCUAUGUGCCAGACCUGGGCCAGGUGCCUGAGAUUGAUGUGCCAUCCUACCUGCCUGACCUGCCCGGCAUUGCCAACGACCUCAUGUACAGUGCCGACCUGGGCCCCGGCAUUGCCCCCUCUGCCCCUGGCACCAUUCCAGAACUGCCCACCUUCCACACUGAGGUAGCUGAGCCUCUCAAGACAGACCUACAAGAUGGGGUACUAACAGCACCCCCACCACCUCCACCGCCCCCACCACCUCCCCCAGCUCCUGAGGUGCUGGCCAGUGCACCCCCACUCCCACCCUCAACCGCGGCCCCUGUAGGCCAAGGCGCCAGGCAGGACAACAGCAGCAGCGCGUCUCCUUCAGGUGGGAGCAGCUCUUUGAGGGCACCUCAUUUCUGGUGUGCUCUGUGCACUCAGGUGGAUUUUCUGCAGCUCCAGUCCAGGGAGCUCCCAAGGAAGUGGUCGACCCCUCUGGUGGCCGGGCCACUCUGCUGGAGUCCAUCCGCCAAGCCGGGGGCAUCGGCAAGGCCAAACUGCGCAGCGUGAAGGAGCGAAAGCUGGAGAAGAAGAAGCAGAAGGAGCAGGAGCAAGUGAGAGCCACGAGCCAAGGUGGGGACCUGAUGUCGGAUCUCUUCAACAAGCUGGUCAUGAGGCGCAAGGGUAGGAGGCAGGGCCGCUGCCCACCCUGGGCCGGCCCAUUGUAAUUCUCUCCUGCCUUUUUCUUCCUGUAUUUAAGUCUCUGGGGGAUGGGGGAACCAGGGUUUCCCACCAACCACCCUCACUCAGCCUUUUCCCUCCAGGCAUCUCUGGGAAAGGACCCGGGGCUGGUGAGGGGCCCGGAGGAGCCUUUGCCCGCGUGUCAGACUCCAUCCCUCCUCUGCCACCACCGCAGCAGCCACAGGCAGAGGAGGACGAGGAUGACUGGGAAUCCUAGGGGGCUCCAUGACACCUUCCUCCCCCAGACCUAGACUUGGGCUGUUGCUCUGACAUGGAUACAGCCAGGACAACCCGCUGAGACCUGCUUCCCUGGGAGCGGGUGGUGAUGGAACCAGCACUGUGCGGAGACCACCUGCAAGGAGCGGAAGGCUGGCCUGAGGCCACACGGCUGGGGCGGGGGCUUCUGUCCUCCUGUGCUCCACGGGGGGCGGCUCCACCCAGCCUGCACCAUUGUGUUCUUCUCUUCUCUAAGGAGGCUUCCAGAGAAAGCAGCACACAAAUCAAUAAGGAACUGAGCAGAAACCAACAGCGUGCUUUUAAUAAAGGACCUCUAGCUGUGCAGGAUGCAAA